AUGGAUACUAAAGCAGAAAAAGAGAUUGAAAAUGUCAAACAUCAGUUACGUUGGAAGACAACUUUGAUUAGAGAAUAUGUUUCAGAUGAAAGAUUAUAUUAUCAAGAGAUUGUUAGAUCUUCUAUAUCAAAUUUAGUUUUAUAUCCUUAUCAUAUUAUUGAUAAAUUAAUAGGAAUGUUAAAUAUUACACCUUUUAAAUACUAUUUAGUUAUGAUGAUUGAAACAAUGGUUAAUUCAAAAUCAUAUGAUGAAUUACCAAACUUUACAGCAGUAGAUUGUCUAAGAUUAUUGAAUAUUGGUAGAAAUCAAUACAUUGAUAUUAUGAAUCGAUGUAGAUCAACUGGUAAAGGAUUCCUAUUUAAAAAGAAAAAGGAUAUUAUCAAGAGUUUGUUACCAAGUAAAAGUUUGGAGGGUAAAGCAAUCGAUUAUUGGUGGCAAUUAAAUAUUGGACAUCCAAUACCAGAAGAGGAAAAAUCAUGUACACAAGAAGAAUUGGAGGUUUUAGAGGAAUUGAGACGUGGUCCCAAACAAGCUGGUGUGUUUAAUCGAGAGUCUGUCCUCUCUCUUAUCUCCAAAGGUCUUAUUUUUGUUGAUAUCCCUAUUGCCAAUUCAGACUAUUUAUCAAUGCCUCCUCUAGAGGGAUUUGUCAUGAAUAGAGUGUCUGGCGAUUAUUUUGAAAACCUACUCUACAAGAUUUUCGUCACUAUCGAUGAAAGAACCAAUAUUCAACAACUAUCUGAAUUACUUCAAAUCGAUGUUGAACCAGUCAAACAAGCUGCUUCACUUUAUUGUAGAUUAGGUUUUGCUAAAAAGAAAAAUGUUGAACCUCUAAUUAAUGAAGAACAACAAAAUGAUAAUUUAUUAAUUAAAACAAAAUGGCAUCAAAGUUGGAUAGAUUAUCAACAAACACCAAAUGUUCAAUCAAAUCAAAAUACUUCUUCUUCUUCUUCUUUAGCUGCUGCUGAACCAAAUAUAUUAGAUGAUAUUGAAAAGACAAGAGUUGGAUUAGUAUUUGAUAGUUCGAUAACAGCCUUUUUAAUGAUGGGUAAUUUGGGAUAUGGAUUAAAGAGUCAUGCGGUUACAAUGUUUGAAGUUGGUAAAUUGCCCAAUGAAGCGUUGGAUGAUUUUAUACAGGAAUUGAACAAGGUCAAUGUAGACGAGUUUAUAGAUGGCGAGGCAAAGAGAUAUGCUGCGAGUGCGGUCGCUCUCAAAGACACGAUCAAAUACCUACGUUACAAUGAAACCAUUUCUGCCACGCUGAAUGGGUUGGACCUUGUCAGCUGUGAGAGAAUGAACAGUCUUGAAGAGACGACUAGAAUGCGUGUAUUGGCCAAAAACUACUCGAUCCUCAUUAGCAUGUCUCCCUUUUCAACCGACUCGAGUCCUGUCAUUAGCAGCUUUUCACCCGUUCACUUUGGUGCACCCAUCUAUGAAGCUCACAGUUUUUGGUUCAAGCUCUACAUGUAUAGUUUAAUUGGAGCCGGUCCAGACUCUAUCCUCUUGCCCAAAGGCACUCGAAUCAAACGUAUCCCACCCGUCUUUAGAGAUUGUGAAAAGGUUCGCGUCUGCUCUAUCGAUCAUGACUCUAUCAAUGUAAAUCUCUCUCAACUCUUACCAACCAUCAAUGAACUCUUGCUAUCGUCUCCUGUCCUCUUGCAAGCUUUCUCCUAUGUAAAACAUGACCCCCUCGCCAAACCUCGUCAAGCCAAUAGAGAACAACAAACCAUUAGAGAAAAAUUGUCAAUUAUUGAUGUUCCUUUUCCUUUAGAAGAAAAUUUAGAUAAUCAAAAAGAGGAAAUAAUAGAAGAAUAUACAACUGAAAAUAUGCAUAGACAUCCUUUGGUUUUACAAAUUGUAAAAUCUUUAAAUUUACAAAAUAGUAUUGGUUAUAUUUCAAUGUUACGUAAAGAUAUUGAUUUAAAUAUUGAUAUUUUAAAACAACAAAUUAAUAAUCAAAAUAAUAAUCAAAAUAAUAAUAAUACUUCUUCAAUUAAAACAACAUGGGAACCAUAUAAUGUAUAUUUUGGAAUACCUAUAUUUGACUUGUCACUCAAUCAACAGGUUUGUCUAAAGAUUCAGAAAAUGGAUCUCUUGUCUGAUAGCAAUGUCGCCCGUCACAAUCAUAAUUCGAGAAUACUUUCACUCAACUUGCUACGCUUCAUCUCUUCAACCUGUCCAACAGUUCAUCCAGAUUUGGAAAAUAUCGAUGCUAAAAUUAACAUGCUCCCAUCCGUUCAAAAUUUACCCCUUCCCACUCAAACCAUUUCUUUUAUAAAUAAUGUCUUGGAAAUUUAA